AAUCGCCUUCACCCGAGAGAGGAAUUGAAAGUGUUUUCUGCUCCGUUUUUGGCAUCUGUAUAAAUUUAAUUUAUCGAUCGAAAUCGUCGGACAUCACACGAAAUCGCCUUCACCCGAGAGAGGAAUUGAAAGUGUUUUCUGCUUAUGUGCGCUGCUUCUGCCUUCUGUUAAAACCCGACGGACGAAAAGAUGCAUAAGGGUUAUGCGUCAUUCCGUAUAGACGCAUAAGGGUUAUGCGUCUUUAAAAACGCAUAAGGGUUGUGCGUCAUUACGUAAAGACGUAUGAUGGUUAUGCGUCACUCCAGAAUAAAACUAAACUCCUUCAUUAAAUUGAAUUUUAUUAGAACAAAAAUAGAAAGGGCUCAAACCCCUAAUUCCGAAUUCCCAAUUCCCAAUUCCCAAUUCAUCGGGAAACGAACAAUCAUGGAUCACAUAGCUGCAGCAGAAGAGGCAAUGAUGAACGAGAGGCUGAGACGGAAGCUCAACGAGGUCAACACCGCCGCCCAGCAGCAUCUCGCCGCCGUCCAGGACCACAUAAAUUUCACCCUCCAGCAAUCGUACUUCAAGUGCGCGUACGAGUGCUUCGAUAGGAGGAUGAAGCAGGAGGAGAUAAGCAACUGCGUGGAGCAUUGCAGCGUGCCCGUGCUCAAGGCGCAAAAUCUCGUCGAAAGCGAAAUGGCUAAGUUUCAAGAACGAUUGAGCAGGUCUCUGGCAGUCUGCCAAGAUAAAUAUGAGGCAGCCAAGCUUCAAACAAACAACAGCAGCGCUGCCCUUGGCGAUUUGGAGUCAUGCGUGGACCUUUCUGUUAAAGAAAGCAUUGAUCUGAUCCCUCACGUUGCUGGAAAACUCAAAGCGCAUCUGUCAAUGGAUAAUUAGAAGCUUCUUUUUUUCUCUUUUGCCUUAAUAGAUGGGAUGAUCAAUAUUUGAUCUGUAUUAACAUUCACAAUGAAGCUGCUAGCUACCAUGAGAGGAAAUACCAUAAAAGUUUUUUUCUAAA